GGGGCUUGGAAUUGGGGAUGCGGAGGGCGUUUAGGACGGUGGAGAUGGUCGAGCGCAACGAGUUUUGCAGGGCCGUUCUCAAAGCGAGACAAGCCGAAGGGAGCCUCCCAAGAUGUGAGAUUUUGGAAGACGUGCGUGACUACAAGCCAACUUCUCAGGCAGCCCUGGGGGCUGCUGCUCUCCUUGGAGGCUUCCCUUGCCAAGGCGUGUCGGUGGCGGGCCAUCAACAGGGCCUCCACGAUCCACGCUCGUUCCUCGUUGCGGAGCUCUUCAGGAUCUUCGACUCCAUGCCUAAAGGGCGUUUGAUGCUCCUGGAGAACGUCUCAGCCCUGUUGAGCACAGAGGAGAACUGUCGACGCUUGAUGCACUUCAUUGUGCAGGAACUUCGCAAACGAGAGAUGCAGGUGUACUGGGUGACCCUCAGUCUGAGCAACUGUGGCUUCCAAGCCUUGGCCUUGGUCGUUGAUUUCUGGACCGAGGUCUUCUCUGACAAUGUCAAGAUGUCCCUGGACUUGCCGCAGGCCGGGUGGAACCACCAAAACAAGGUGAACUUCAGUUCAUGGCUGUCAAUGGAGCAAACAGACAUGGACAAGAAACGGCUUCAAACCUUGGGCAAUUGCGUCGUCCCCGCAAUGGGCGCGCGUGCUCUGUCCGAGUUGGUCAGAAUGAUGGAGGCUGCUUGA